AUGUCUGACUUGAAGCCUGAGCGCGUUUCGAAACGCAAGACCCGCGAUGGUCCCGAGGAGGCACCUCGCAAAAAGCAGCACCGAGCUUCUGAUGAAGUCCAAUUCGAGGAUUAUGGGAACGGCGGCGGCGACGUCCCAGCCAAGUCCACCCGCAAACACAAGGACAAGUUUGCUCCGCGGCCCGAGAGGCAAUACCCCUCAGUCAAUGAGUUGAAGAAACGUAUCCGUGAUGUCAAGCGUCUGCUCCAAAAACCCAAUCUGCCUGCAGAUGCUCGAAUCCUGCAGGAGCGUGCGCUCGCGGGGUACGAACAGGAUCUCGCGGACGAAAAUGCUCGCAGAGAACGAUCCCAGAUUAUCAGCAAGUAUCACUUUGUCCGAUUUUUGGAUCGGAAGGCGGCAAACAAGCAAUUGAAAAGCCUCGAGCGCCGCCUCAAAGAAGAGACUCUCGAUUCUAAGCAGAAGAAAAAACUCGAGAGCAAGCUCCACGCCGCCCGUGUCAACGUCAACUACACCAUCUACUACCCUCUCACCGAAAAAUACAUUGCGCUCUACCCAAAGUCGAAGAGCUCAGGAAAGGAUGGCGCAGAGUCAGAAUCAGACGUAGACUCAGAACAGAAGACACAUGGCGACGACGCGAAGCCACCAAUGUGGGCCAUCGUCGAAAAGUGCAUGGAGAAGGAUACCCUCGGCGAACUCCGCGAGGGCAAAUUGAACAUUGGACCCGACGGCAAACAGACCGCGCCUCCAAGUGCAAAGGCGGUCGCAGUCUCGGACACCAAGAAGAGCAAAAAGGAGACCAAGGAAUCGAAGGAAUCGAAAACACCUAAGGAGUCGAAGAAACCCAAAGACACCACGGACUUGAAGAAGACACAGCCUGCACCUACAGAGGACAAGAGCAGGUACGACAACAUGAACCGGAGAGAUCGUCGUCGGGAGCAGGCCAAAGAACAGGCUAGGGAAGAGGCCAAGAAGGCCGCUGCUCGUGCCCAGGCCGGUGAAGAAGACAGUGACGGUGGUUUCUUCGAGUAA